UUUUGUAUACGUUUUAUAUUAAUCUCCUUCCAUAUUCUAAAACAUUUCAUCGUGAACUGGGUUAAGACGAUUCCUUAUCUUUCAGAACAAAGUUUUCAGGAAAAUGUGGAUAACUUAUCAGUUCCAACGAAUUUCGAGUAUUAUGAAUGGGCUGCCCAAAUCGCGGAUGGCAUGGCAUAUCUAGAGUCGAUUCGUUUCUGCCAUCGAGAUUUAGCCGCUAGAAAUUGCAUGGUAUGUAUUAAAGCAUGGAUUACUUUGAUUGUAAUGGUCAACACCGUGAAAAUUGGUGAUUUUGGCAUGGCCCGUGAUAUCUACUACCAUGAAUAUUACAAACCGAACGGAAAACGCCUAAUGCCGGUACGGUGGAUGGCGCCAGAAUCGUUGCGUGACGGGACUUUCGAUAUGAAGAGCGAUGUUUGGUCGUAUGGUAUUGUUCUUUAUGAAAUGCUGACACUUGGCCAACAACCGUACCAAGGGUUAGCAAAUGAAGAGGUUCUCUCAUUCAUUGGGAUCUCGAGGAAAAUACUGGAUCGUCCAAUGGAUUGUCCGGAUUUCUGGUAUGAUUUAAUGGUGGAGUGUUGGCGAUAUGUACCAAAGGAUCGACCGACAUUCCGUCAAAUUUGUGUUGAUUUUAAUGUUCACCUCGUGUAA